CGACAAAGCCCAAGACUCUAUCAACGAACCUGAUCUCCGAAUUCUCGCCAUACAGAAGAGUUUCGUUGAUCGCUUAAUUGCAUUGUGAAGCUAUCGGGGAUCCGGCUAGAGAUUUUAACCCGAUCCACCCUCUCAAGCUCCAGCAAUCAUCUCUGACACCCCCGCCAUGAAAGCCAUCAGCCCAGUGCGGUCCAUGUCAAGCUGCUACCAGGCUGUCUGCUGCUUGUCCGAGCAGAGUCUGAGCAUUGCCAGGGGCAGUAGCCACAAGGGACCAGGUAUGGAUGAGCCAAUGGGGCUCCUGUACGAUAUGAACGGCUGCUACUCCAAGCUGAAAGAGUUGGUGCCAGGGAUCCCCCAGGGAAGCAAGCUCAGCCAAGUGGAGAUCCUGCAGCAUGUCAUCGACUACAUCUUCGACCUGCAGAUAGUCCUGGGGGAAGAUCAACAACAAAGCAGCAUUCUUAGCCUUCAGAAAUCCGAUUUCUCAGAAUUGGCAACACAAGGGGACACCAGCGUCUGCCACUGAGCCUUCUAACCUCUCUGGUGAGUAUCAGUCUCUGCUGUUUGAUAUAUCAGUAUUGAGUGCCAUUGCCCUCCCUCCAACUGUGAUCUGAUAUAACCUAUGUAUGAAAGAUCAAUAUAGUGUUGAGUUAAUAGAGUGGUGUAAUAUGCAAGUAUUAGGCAUUCAAACAUGAGCUUAGUUUAAAAUCAAAUACUUAAAAAAGCAUUUUAACAUGAGGCCAUAUUUGGAAAUGAUGCAGAAAGUUAUUUGCCACCCCAUCUGCUUUAAAAGCACAGUUUCAAUGUAGCUCCAGGCUGUUGUAGAAUGUUGGGAGUUGCAGUUGGUAGGCAGCAAGCCUGUUGUCACGUGUGGGGCUUGGCUAGUAACUCUUUGGUUUCUCUCACACUCUCAAUUAGCAGUUGAAAGAUGUUAUCAGGCCCACAGGCAGGGUGGAUUUCCUCCCAGGCGCCAGGCAGUCUGCUCCCCCUCCCUCUUGUGACUGCCAUUAAUAUACAUGCACAUUUCUUUCUCUGCAGGUGUGGGAAACUUUGAGAGAGAGAGAGAGGACUAAACCCUCCCAUUUCCAUGAAGCAGAAGAAUUCAGAUUGCAAGACUCUUUAACCCUUUGCAACCCGGACUGCGCUACAGCAUCUCACAAUUUCUGAUCAACAUUUUCCCUCCAAACUUUUUUUUACACAACACUUUAUAUGGACGUUCUUUCAUUUACGAAUUCAUUUUAUUCCACUGCAAAUCCUAUUUUUUAUGAAAUUCCAUGAUGAGACUUCCUACUUUGAUUCCAGUGUUUGCUAUUAAAUAUCUAAAAGACUUCCUUCUAUUUUCAUGAUAUUUUUAAAGGCUUGAUUAUUUCUAAGCCAGUGCCUUAUUGUAUCAAGGCAACUCUUAUGUAUUGUAACUUACUGUAACAGUAACAUUCCCUCUAGGGACCAAAAAUAACUUCUACCGAACCAAUUCCAUUUUAACCAUUUUCUGUAUUUCCAUGACUGAAUUUAUGUUGCUUUAACCCAUUAAUUUACUCUUUGUUAAUUAAGAGUUGUAUAUAUAUAUAUUUUUGUAAAAAAAAAAAAAGUCUUUCAUGUAUCUAGCUAUGUUCGAACGUGAAAGCAUUAAUCUGUGGUACUGACCCCAGAAUAUCCCACUCUCUAAAGUAGAGAAGACUGAGUUGGAACUGCACAGUUUCUGAUUGAAGAAAAAAAAAUGGAAAACUUUUUAUAAAAGUUGUUAUUUUUGUUUAUGUAUAAAUAAAAUUACAUUAUUUUUAAAA